AUGUUCGAGAACGUGCAACAGGGUCCAGCGGACCCUAUGUUUGACUUGAAAAAGGCGGCCGACAAUGACACAUCUUCCGACAAGAUUGACCUAGGGGUCGGUAUAUAUCGGAAUAAAGAAGGAUGUUAUCAUGAAAUGAGCGUCUUGAAGGGGUAUGAAUGUACAACCGGAAACGCAGACUUCUUGAAGCGGGCCGCCAAGGUGAUGUUUGGAGAGCACAGCCAGGCGUUAAAGUCCGGCCGGAUUGCAUCCGUUCAGACCAUCUCCGGCACGGGUGCUAACCAUCUCGCGGCCUUAUUUCUGUCGAAAUGCGAAGGGUCUCCAGCUGGGCCCGUGUAUAUAGGCACCCCGACCUGGGGGAACUAUGAGCCUCUCUGCUCCCUCGUGGGCUUGAAAGUGGUCAAGUAUCCAUACUAUAGCCCUGAAACGGCUACGGUUAAUUUCCGAGCGCUACUGGAGACAGUCGCGCGAGCACCGCCAAAUAGCGUCUUCAUCUUGCAAGCAUGUUGCCACAACCCCACCGGCGUUGACCUCUCCAAGAGCCAGUGGAAGCAGCUCGCUGCCGCAAUGAAGGCCGCGAGCUGCUUCCCACUCAUGGACAUUGCCUACCAGGGCCUUGGCGGCUCGAUGGAAGACGAUGCGUACGCAAUUCGGCUUUUCGCCGAGAUGGACUUUGACAUGUUAGUCUGCCAGUCGUUCUCCAAGAAUCUGGGGCUGUAUGGAGAGAGAUGCGGUGCGCUACAUGUUGUCUGCGCCUCAUCCACGGCUGCAACUAAUGUUUAUGAUCAACUGCGCUGCUUUAUCCGGUGGGAAUUCUCCUCGAGCCCUCUCUAUGGAUCCCGCUUGGCCGACAUUAUUCUCGAGAGCCCAUCAUUGCAAGCUUCCUGGUCCGUCCUACCUCAUCACAGUCAGUACUGUCUCUGA